AUGGACGCCACCAACCUGACGCCUCUUCUGAUCGCUGUUGCGAAGAAGGAUGCCGAGAUGGUACGCUGCCUGAUCCAUGCAGCCGCAGAUGUAGACCGACCUGAUGGCCAUGGCAUCACCCCCUUGUGGGUGGCCUCCGCCCGCGGCUACGUGGAGAUUGUGGAGUGCCUGGUCCGCGGCGGCGCAAGUAAGGACAAGAAGGAUGCACCCGAAGGCGUGACGCCCCUGUGGGCAGCGGCUGCGCGAGGCCACCUCGAGGUGGUGAAGUGUCUGGUUGAGGCCGGGGCAGCCAAGGAGGAGGGAGACUGGAACGGUGGGACGCCGCUCUUUGCUGCUGCAGCAGAGGGUCACGUUCACGUAAUCGAGUACUUGAUCGGAGCUGGCGCUGCUGUCAAUGAUCAGACAAAUGGAGCUCGGCUCACACCUCUGCUCAACGCAUGUGUUCGUGGAAACACAGAUGCGGUGCGCUGCCUCCUGCGCGCGGGUGCGGACAAGGAACUUGCGGACGGGGCUGGCGUCACUCCCCUGUGGGCGGCGGCUGCUCGCGGCCACGCGCCCAUUGUGCAGUGCCUGCUUGCGGAAGGUGUCGGGCUCGACGAGGCGUCCUGCCAGGAAGCAGCCGCACGUGGGCACUCGGAAGUCGUGCAGCUGUUUCGAGAUGCGGGCGUGAGUGUGAGAGAACCUGAACCGGCAGAGGGCGACGACCGUGAGGACCGUAGGAGUCCCGAUCCCAGCAUGGAGCAGCCCUGCAAGCGCCCUCGUCACGCCUGA